CAGCAACGCGCUGCUAAUCGCCACGGUUCAGCCCAAGUCAUUUUUCUUGGUAUAGCUGAUCAGUCUCCGACUCUGACUAUUUGUCGUCCCCACUGCAUCGACAAGCAAAAAGACACGAAACCUCGCAGACAGUGUCUCGACAACGAAGAACAAGUGCACGAGGCCAGGCGCGUAUGGCAGUUCUUGAUCUGCAGCGCGCCCAUUCACCUACCCUCUUGAUUGUAUCAUAUCCAAUCAGACCUGGCACCUUUGUAGACGACAACCUUUCCCAACGACAUUUCUCGAGCAACGCGACGCCAUCCUCGACAUCAAACCUACCUAGCUGAAACCGAGCGACUCUCGCCAACAUGACACCCCCACCAUACCUCUACCACGCCCUCCUCCGGCCUUCGAUUCUCCAGAUCCUCCGCGCAGCCGGCUACCACGGCGCCCGCACCUCUGUCCUCGACUCAGUAACUGAUAUGGCCGCCCGCUACCUGGACGCACUCUGUCGCCUCACAGCCACCUUCGCCGCGCACAAUAACGAAGAGCCCGAGACGGGCGAGCUGGUACCAACGAUAGUCGACGUGCGCAUGGCCCUGCAGCAAAUCGGCGCUCUGUUACCCGAGAAAUCGGAACUGGAACAGCUGUAUAACGGCGUGGAAGACACUCGGGGAGUGGACGCCUUUGUCGCGUGGGCAGCAGGUCCGGUCAACAAGGAGAUCAAGAGGAUAGCGCUUGACAGUGACGAGGCGACGGAUUAUCUCAAUGCUCUCAAGCUAAAACACAGCAAAAACGACGACGACUCUCGCUACACGGGCUCGCUCCUCGGCAAAUGCAUCGAACACGGCAACGUCGAGGUGGAAGGUGGUAAAUACCACAGCAUCGCACUAUGGGAGGAGAAGAUGAAGGAAGCUGCGCGACGACCGCCAUCACAACCACAACCCCAAGAAGAAGACAAGCCAGAGGGCAUCAACGGCGACAGGGAAGAUUCGCGCCCGCCAAGCUCCGGGCUGAGCUCGAUUGGCGACCAGAGCUUAGCCGACCCCAUGGACUUGGAAUGAGCGAAUACACUACCGAGGUCCUGGAGUUUGGCUGAGACUCGGGUCAUUUGCCUGAGGUUGAAGGACCUGACGUUAUGCCCCGAGUUAUCGAUGCCGACAUUAUGAGGUUGCAGGCGAACGCCAAUGGAUUUUUAAACGUAUGUUGCAGUAGGAACCAGCAGGCAGGGUCCUCCCGCUGGGCCAGGGUGGGGGAAGAGAAUAAGUGGAAAGACUGAAGGCAAAGUCGAGAUGUUUCAUUCCAGUUGUUGGGUUUUGGCGGUUUACAAAAGCAUAGCGAUGGCGUUCUGGAUACUCAGACGAAGCAUUUGAAGAAAACUAGUAUUUGGUGGGGAGUGGCUUGCGUUGUGUUAUAUCCUAUUAAGGGCAGUAUCAGCUUGCAGCAAGGAAAAGUAUGGACUUUAUACCCAGGUUGGAUGAUAGGGCAGCAGUUGGAAGACUGUACUGUGUUGUUGUAUAUGAUAGGGAACGGACAGGAUGAUGAACAGAGUUGACCACCAUUUCGGUCCCUGACGAGUACCGCCAAAAAUACGACUCAAAGUGAGUUUCAUGGCAUCAUUUAACAGACGGUUGUUUUAAGAGUUUGAUGCAUUAUGACGUUCUUGCCAGCGCAAUGUUCUGCUCUUGAAGAUUAACACACAUGGUGGGUAUCACUCUUCGAACAAAUACGACGGAUGGAACCAUCUGCUACUUUUAUGCACAGAUUCAUGUUUGUAUUCAAAUAAUUUACCAAGAAUCCAAUGAAAUGGAUGCCGACCCUUAAUAACAAAAGGAAACCC